UUUUUCUAAGUUCAAAUAUCACGUCUAAUAAUGAAGAAUUUCAAUGCAAAAGUACUUUCCCAAAAUUUUCAGUAUUACUUCCCUACAAAUAUCAAAAAUACUUUUCGUGCGUUCGAAACGUCAUGGGAAACUGAUAAUUUGGAGAGUGAAGACAACCGAAAUAUUUAUUGUGAAUUGAUUGAUUGGAGGAAGGAUUUCAAUUGGAAUGCAAAUAAAAAUAUCAUUCUAUCCAACAAAAUUGCUACUGAUAACGCAAAACUUGAUGAUUAUGAUGAGGAUGAUGACGAUAAUAAGCAUAAAAGUGUAAUAAAUGAUAAUCAAGUAAAAUGGUGGACUGAAAUUGAAUUGAAAGGGUUAAACUAUAUUGAACCACUUUCCAUGAUGGCUAUCAAAACUUUGGCACAAGACUAUAAAUCUGGCAAGAUUGAUGAGAGGAUAUUCUGUCAUGAUUACAAUUUGUUUGGGCGACUGAUGGAACUGAACAUUCUUUUGUCUAAUUUAUUGGAACUUGAUAAUGAAGUUUAUUGGACACGAGUUGUAGAGUCAAAAAUCAAAGAUCAAGUCAGAUGGAUUAAAUGUAUGAAAGAUUCAGAAACAAAUUGGAAGAAAAUAGGGAUUGAAUUAUGCUAUACGGAAUUUGUUGAGAAUCUAACAUUUUAUGAAUCAGAUUUGCCAGCAAUUUUAGAGUUCACAGAUAACAUUACAAAAAGAUGCUCCAAAUUCAUCGAAAACCUAACCAUUCGUAAAGUUAACAUGAAUGAAAAGAAGCUGGCAAAUGAGUUUAAUCCAAAAACUUUCUCAAGAAUCUACAGAAACGACGAGGUUUCUCACAUAUCCUUAGAAUUCCUUAAAAACCUUAAAAAUCUCAAAAAUAUCUCAAUCACCUUUAAUCCUCAAAUAUCAUUCGAGUUGUAUGAACCAAGAUUUUUUCAAGUCUCAGUCCACGACAUUGAAAACUUUUCAAAAAGUUUGGAAUGUUUUUGUCAUCUAGAGUCACUGGAAAUAACUAAAACAGACUUAGAAGAACAUGCAAAAUUAUUCCAUUUAUUAUCAUCGAUUGAGAAAUUGCGAGGUUUAAAGGCAUUGACAUUAACACAUUGCAAUAUAUCUUCAAAAGAAUCUGGUGCGAUUUUUGCAUCGUUCUUAUCGAAGAGCAUGUCAUUGACAGAAAUCAAUUUAAAGGAUAAUGCUCUAAGGUCUGAUUUUUGUCAUCAAUUCUCACUCGGAAUGCAAAAGUUUAAUGGAAUUUUACAGAAAUUGAAUUUAUCAAUGAAUCCAAUAUUGCAUGAUGGUCUCAAAUUUAUCAUGAGCAGCAUAGUACAAAAUGACAAUGUCGUUGAUUUAGAUAUUUCCACUUGUGAUGGAUUUUCGUGUACAUCAUAUGGAACUGCAUUUCAAGAACUCAUUAAUUUAAUAUCCACGUCAAGAAAUUUACAGUAUUUAGAUAUUUCAAAUAAUAUCAUUGCAUCUGGAACUACAAGGAAAGAGUUUAUAAGAGCACUUGAGGGAAAUUACCACAUAUCUAAAAUUUCAUGCUUAAAUUGCGAUUUCAGCACAAAAGAAGACGUUGAUAUCCAUAUAUUAUGCCUUAGAAAUGAAUAUUACAGGCAGAAUGAUAUCCUAGGAAAGGAUUCGUUUACACGUAAAGACGAAAUAGAAAUCGAGAAAUGGCUACGACGUACAAAACAUCCGCUUUUGAUGCGAGCUCACAUGUAUAUGCCGACGGAAAAUUUGAUUAAGUGGAAACUUUUUAAGAGAAUGCCGCAAGGAAGGAGAAAAAUCCCGUUCUCUGGCAAGCAGAAGAAGCAGCAGUUGAUUGUUAAAAGACAAAAUCAAGCACUGCCGAUAAAUCUUAUCCGGAAAGUUCAAGAUGAUUCAGAUACAUCCAGUGAAAUAAGCGAGAAUGCAACAUUAGCUGAAAAGAUCCAAAAAAUACAUGUACAGCCAAUAAAAGAUUUGAGAGGUAAAUCAAACCGAUACGUCCUUCAGUUCCAUGCUGAAUCUCCAAAAGAGAUAAAGGAACUAAGAGAAAAAGCACGGCAACCAUUAAAUUUUGCAAGAGCUGAAGAUUUAGAAGUUGAUGACUUUAGUUUUGAUGAUUUUGACAUACCGAAAAGACCGUCAUGGGAUUAUAAGAUGAAAAAGGAAGUGCUAUUGGCUAAUGAAGAACGAUAUUUCUUUAAAUAUGUCACUAAUCUCGAGAAAAAGCACUACGAUGAUCUGAAACAUUUGAGUUGCUUUGAAUUAAAUAUAGAAACAUGGAGACAACUGUGGAGAGUUAUUGAAUUGAGUGACAUCCUCCUAAUCAUUAUUGAUGCUAGAUAUCCAACGUUUCUCUUUCCGCCUUAUCUAUAUCAAUAUGUUACAGAAGAAUUAAGGAAGCAUUGCAUCGUUAUGAUGAAUAAAAUCGAUUUAGUUGAAAGUUCGGUCGUACUUGCAUGGAAAAAGUACUUUGAAGAAAAAUAUAAAAUCAAUGUUGUGCUGUUUACGUCAUAUCCAUCGUACAAUCUGAGAGGACAAACGCAAAAUAAAAGUGGAUUGCAAAUUCGAAGAAGAAAAGGUAGAAUGAAAAUGGCAUGUGAAGGAGCAAUGGAAGUUUAUAAAGCAUGUAGCAAUAUAGCAAAGACUCAAGUCGACUUAUCAAAAUGGCACGACAAAAUUCAAGAAGAAAUUAAUACUGCAUCAAAUUAUGACGAUGAUAACGACGAUACGGAAGUAGAAGUUGAAAGAAAUCACGUAGACGAUGUGAAAGAUUUUGAUUUUGAAGAACACGAACUUUUUAAGAAUGGAGUUUUAACAAUCGGAACUGUCGGUUUUCCAAAUGUUGGAAAAUCAUCAGUAUUGAAUGGAUUAAUGGGAAAGAAAGUUGUAUCAAUCUCACGGUCUCCUGGCCAUACCAAGCAUUUUCAAACAAUAUUCCUAACUGAAAAUGUCAGACUUGUUGAUUGUCCUGGACUUGUUUUUCCAAGCGCAACACCGAAAAUUAUGCAAGUGCUUUUAGGAAGUUAUCCAAUAGCUCAAUUGAGAGAGCCUUAUGCAUCUAUUAAGUUUUUAGCUGAACGAGCUGAUCUUCAAAAAUUGUUAAAUCUUAAACAUCCAGAAGAAAAUAGCAAAGAAUGGUCUGCUAUGGACAUUUGUGAAGCUUUUGCAAUUAAACGAGGAUACAUGACAGCUAAGACAUCAAGACCAGAUACAUAUCGUGCAGCAAACUCAAUUCUAAGAAUGGCAUUGGAUGGUAAAAUCACAAUUUCUUUAAAACCUAGGAAUUAUCACAAGAACAAAGCAUUUUGGGAAUCUCAUCCAGAACUCCAAAAAGUUAAGGAACUGCAAGCAAUUGGAAAAAUAAUUUCUACAAACGAUGAUGAUGCAUACUCUGAAGAUGACGAUGCACAAAAGCCAAGUGAUUAUGUCUUAAAACCUGAAAAGAAAGGCGCUUCAAAGCGUGACAUAUAUGAUAAGGAUAAUGAGGCUGAUAGUGAAGGUGAAAGCGAUGAAUGUAAUGUUGGUGCUUCUAGUUCUAAUCCAUUUGAUGUGCUAAAUGAUGAGCAUGAGUAAGGAAAUUAUGAUUCUCUCUAAAUUCAAUGAAAUAAUAAAAGCUAAAUUAUUUUUUGAAAGAAAAAAA